GCGGGACAUGAGGAAAUAAGGUUUGGGGUGGGGUAGUGGUAUAGCUUUGAGAGGCAAAAAGAUCAGAGAAAGAUUGAACAGGAAGGAACUUGAGACCAGAUUAAUUUAAAUAGUCAUUACUCCCCUCAACCCCCUCUUCCACAGCCAUUUCGAUUCCUGGAGAGCAUCACACAUGUGUCCCAUCCCAGGCCUCCAGCCACAGCAACCACACGACUCAUUUCCCGUGGAACUGAGGCUGCAUACCUGGGCUCCCCACAGGGGGAUGAUGCAGGGAGGGGAAUCCCACCUGCUGUGAGUCACCUGCUGGUAUAAAGGGCGGACCUUAAAAAGAGACUCAGAGACAAAGGGAGAAAAACAGGAAGCAGUUCAGAAACUCUAUGAACAAGGGGAACCAAACCAGAGAUACUCAGAAACAGAGAAUCAGGCUCAGAGCAAGUUGAAGUGGGCAGAGAUUCUAUAAGGCUGCAAGGCAGAGAGCCAUCCAGACUUGAGAAGCAGGCAACAAGAUGUUGGGAAGCAGAGCUGUGAUGCUGCUAUUGCUGCUGCCCUGGACUCUUCAGGGCCGGGCUAUGCCUGGGGGCAGCAACCCUGCCUGGGCCCGAGGCCAGCAGCUCUCACAGAAGCUCUGCACUCUGGCCUGGAGUGCACAUCCACCUGUGGGACACAUGGAUCUACUAAGAGAAGAAGGAAAUGAAGAGACUACAAAUGAUGUUCCCCAUAUCCAGUGUGAAGAUGGUUGUGAUCCCCAAGGACUCAAGGACAAUAGUCAGUUCUGUUUGCAAAGGAUUCACCAAGGUCUGCUUUUUUAUGAGAAGUUGCUAGGAUCAGAUAUUUUCACAGGGGAGCCUCCUCUGCUCCCUGACGGCCCUGUGGGCCAGCUUCAUGCCUCUCUACUGGGCCUCAGCCAACUCCUGCAGCCUGAAGGUCACCACUGGGAGCCUCAGCAUACUGCAAGCCCCAUUCCUAGCCAACCAUGGCAGCGUCUCCUUCUCCGCUUCAAGAUCCUUCGCAGCCUCCAGGCCUUUGUGGCUGUAGCUGCCCGAGUCUUUGCCCAUGGAGCAGCAACCCUGAGUCCCUGAAGUCAGCAGCUUAAGGAUGGCACUCAGAUCUCCAUGGCUCAGCAAUGUCAAGAUAAAACCUACCACCCCAGACCCCUGUGAGCCAAACAGUUAAUUAGUCCAUUAACUCUAAUAGGACUUGCAUAUUUGAAAAAUUACCAAUACUGACUGACUUAUGAUGCUGACAAGGUUGAAUAUUUAUUAGAUGGGAAGGGAAAUUUGGGGAUUAUUUAUCCCCAUUGGAGCAGUUUGGGGAGGAGGAUUAUUUAUUAUAUUUAUACUGAAUGGUGUACUUUUUCAAUAAAGAUUUAUUUAUGUGGCUA